AUGCCGCCCCCGCUCAGGACCCGUCCCCGUCGCAGGCGCCGCCACCCGCUGCCUCCUCCUCCUCCUCCUCACCCGCGUCGCUCUCAUCCCUCAUACGCUCCUGCACGUCCCAGCGCGCCCGUCGGCCUCGGCGCGCACCCCUCGGUGCUCCCCAGGCUCGCCACCUUCUACAUCGCGCUGGGCGACCUCCCCGCCACGCGAGCCGCCGUCGAGCGGGCGGCCGGAAAGGCGCGGGCGUUCCCGUGGAACCUGCUCAUCUGGGGGUAUGCGGACCGUGGGCUUUGGUACGACGUGGUCCUCGCGUACCGCAGGAUGCUGGCGCUGGGCGUGGCCGCCGACAGGUUCACGUACCCGUCGGUUCUGCGCGCUUGCGGCGAGCUACGGGAUGCCUCCGUUGGCCGGGAGAUUGAGCAGCGCGUUCGGUCGUGGGGAUAUGGUCUGGACAUGUAUGUCUGGGACGCUAUGGUGGGGAUGUAUGCCAAGUGCGGGGAGAUGGACGACGCGCGCAGGGUGUUUGAUGGAAUGCCUGCGCGUGAUGUUGUCAGCUGGAACGCCAUGGUGUCUGGGUACGCGUUGGCUGGUAUGUGGGGCGAGGCGUUUGAUCUGCUGCAGUGGGUUCCUGGGGCGAACAUUGUCACCUGGAAUGCGGUUGCGGCAGGAAAUUUGAAGGCGGGAAACGACGGCGAGGUGAUGAGGUUGGUGUCGCAGAUGAGGAGUUGCCAUGGUCCGGGGCUGGAUUCUGUGACUGUUGUGAUUGGCCUCAGGGCAUGUGCUAGGAGUGGGUAUCUGAGGAUUGGCAAGGAGUUGCAUGCUGUGUCUAUUCGUCUAUGCUUUGAUAGGCUUGAGCGCGUGGAGAGUUCAUUGAUCACAAUGUACUCCAGAUGCCAGAUGAUGAGCUCUGCAUAUUGCCUGUUCAGAACAUGCUCAACUCAGAGCAUAGUAACAUGGAAUUCAUUGCUAGCAGGAUUUGCAUUCAUGGACCAGAACUCACUUGUCGAUAUGUGCUCAAAGUCUAGACAGAUGGCAGCUGCCCAGAGAGUGUUUGAUCAGAUGCAAUGUCAAGACAGGCACGCAUAUACUUCAUUGAUUUUGGGCUAUGGAAUGCAAAGAGAAGGGCAUGUAUCACUGAAGCUCUUUGAUGAAAUGAUAGCCAACAAUAUCAAGGUGGACCAUGUAACUAUGGUUGCUGUUCUUUCAACCUGCAGCCACUCUGGCCUGGUAACUCAAGGGCAGCUACGAUUUGCUGAGAUGUUUGAUGUGUUUUGCAUUGCACCAAGGGUGGAGCAUUUUUCUCGCAUGGUUGAUUUGUACUGCCAUGAGGGUUUGCUGAGUAUGGCUGAGGAAAUAAUUAACAAGAUGCCACUCCAGCCAACUGCCGCAAUGUUGGCAACUCUAAUCGAGGCUUGCAGAAUCCAUGGCAAAACAGAAAUUGGGGAUCGAGCUGCAAAGAGGCUGCUGGCAAUGAGGACAAAUAACCCGGGUCACUACAAAUUGAUUGCGAACAUGUAUAUAUCAGCAAAACGCUGGCCAGAACUAACUAAGGUUAAAUCAUUAAUGAGUGCGAUGGAGCUAAAUAUGAUUCCAAGUCAUUCCUUACUGGAGUCACAAUAUGACAUAUGUCCAGUCGAACAAGAUUAUUGCUUAAACCGCAGUCUGCAAGGAGGCUUGUCUGAUGACAUGACAGAUACUGACUUCUCUAGUAGUGAGGAAGUGAAAUGCAAUGAAGCUUUUGGUGGGGGACCUUCCAUUGCUACAUACAAAUUAAAGAUGUCAUUUCCAAUACUGCCUUCAAGCACGAUCACAAACAAUUUGGCACGGAAGUUGGCAAUAUGUCAAUUCCUUGCUAUCCUUUUCUUCUCCCCUCUCUACUGCAGCUGCGCGCUGGGCCAUUUCUACCCACUGGCCGGCCGUCUCACUGCCUCAGAGACCACGUAUGGUGUUUCAAGUCCGAGCCUCACCAUCUCACUCUGCUGCAACGGUGAAGGCGCCGAGUUCAUUCAUGCCGUGGCUCCUGAGGUCACCGUGAGCCACAUAACCACCCCAGUGUACAUCCCGUCAGUCGUGUGGUCCUUCCCGCUGAACAGGCUGCUGAAUGUGGAAGCUGUCGUGAGCUCCCUCCCUGUGCUGGCUGCGCAGGUCACUGAUCUCGCAGAUGGCAUCUUUAUUGCCAUGUCACUCAACCAUGCCGUCACCGAUGGGGCCACAUUAUGGCUUUUCUUCAACACCUGGUCGGAGAUAAACCGGCAUAGCAGCGGUGGAGGUGAAGGGUACAAGCUGUCCACACCACUGCCUGUGCUGGACAGAUGGUUCCUCGACACCUGCCCUGUGCCAAUCCCUCUACCCUUCGGCAAGCUAGACGACAUUGUCCGGCGACCUGAGUACACACCGGUGCAGGAAUGUUUCUUCCACUUCUCUUCGGAGAGCAUAAAAAGGCUCAAGAAGAAGGCAAAUGCCGAGAUGGGUGGAACUGCGACGGCCACCAUCUCCUCGUUGCAGUCCCUGCUUGCUCACCUUUGGCGAGCGGUGUGCCGAGCCCGGGGGCUCGCACCACACCUGGAGACCACGUACAAGCUUGCCAUUGGAUGUUGCGCUCGGGUGAAGAGUAUACCACAAGAGUACAUGGGCAACGCUGUGGUACUUGAUGUUGCAAAAUCCACCGUCAGCGACGUCUUGGACAAAGGCCUCGGCUGGGCGGCGUGGCUCCUGAACCGCUUUGUGACGUCGUUUGACGAGGCGAAGGUGAGGAACAAUCUCGUGUGUUGGGCCCAGAAGCCCAACCUGCUGUAUGCGAAACCCUCCAGGAACCGUGCACAUACCGUGACUGGGAGUUCGCCACGGUUCGACGUGUAUGGCAAUGACUUUGGAUGGGGCCGGCCAUUGGCCGUCCGGAGCGGCUCUGGGAACAAGGUGGACGGGAAGGUGACCGUGUACGAGGGUCGCGACGGCAGAGGCAUCAUGGCGCGGGAGGCGUGCCUGUCUCCUGAGGCGCUUGACAGGCUAAUCGCCGAUGAGGAGUUCAUGGAGGCCGUGAGCGCCGCGUGA